UUUGAAUGUACUGUAUGUAUUUGUGCUCAACUGUUUGUGCUUGUUUGCAAACAGUUGGAGAAGCGUGAUAUGAGCGUGAUUUACAAAUUUUAUGCAAAAAUGUUAUAUUGUAGUGUAGAAAAUUGCAAAAAUGGGACAUAUACGAAAAUGUGCCAAGGAUUUUCAUCGUUUAGGUUACCAAAAUCUAAUUCAACUCGAAGAAAAUGGCUCAAAUUCGCUGGGGUUAAAGAAACUACAAAGUUUCGAAUCUGUGCGGAACAUUUCGACAAAAAAUGUUUUAAAACAUUUCAACCCAGGCCCUUAUUGAAGCCAGAUGCAAUUCCAACUUUGCACAAGGAAAAGAAGUGCACCGCAGGGCGAAGUAGCAAGGUAAGCAGCGAGAAAGAAAUUGUCAAUAUUGCUACUACUAUUGGCACGUUUUUUUAUAUACACAUGUAUUUUUUGAAUGACGACAAAUAAAAAUAUUUUUUAAAUUAA